AUGAAUGGUAACCGAUACAUCAAACAUCAAUUCAUGCGAAUUGAUCCUUCACCGCUUAAUUCUCCCCAUGUCAACUCUCUCGUUGGUUUCGCCUGUCCCACCUGCCUCGAGAAUGGGAAAAUCACCCCGAUGAAAUACAUCGCGUACAACUAUGCAAACGAUAGUUGGUGCGUCGCGUGUGGUAUAACCCCCCCGAAACCACCCCCAAACAGUGGCCUACCCAAACCCAGGGGACACUUCUAUCGCACGUGGCUGGGCCCCCAGCUCAAGCAGGAAAUCGCGUCCAUCAAUGCUGGCCUUUGGCCUCCAAGCCCAUUUGCAACUCCUGCCUCAGCUUCUGCGAUUACUGCCCUCAACAACGACGCUCCUGAAGAACGACCUACUGCUAGCCAACAAAUCCUCAACCAGUUUUUGCCGGCGCCGUUACCCAAAAACCCUUCCAAAGCCGCUGAGGUCUUGUGCCGCGGUGUUGAUGGUCGGACUGGUCAGGCCCAUUCUCGACAAGUUGCUCGCAAAGGCAACCAGCAGUGUGUGUACCAAGCUUGUGCUUCGGUCAGUCUGCACCUAUCACUGUCAUGGUUGUUCCUCAUUCGUACAUUAAUACCGGAGAAUCUUCAGUGUUGUCAAACCCUUGGCACAUUACCCUGUGGCGCCAAACGACACAAGCGCGAAACCGGCGGUGGCGAACCUGCGCUUUCCGUCAAUCUACCAGCCCCGGCACCAUUACCCUUGCCGGCUUCAAUUGCGCCCACACAACCUGGUCCUUCCUCCCAGGGCCUCUCGACUACCUCCACCCACCGUCGGAUCACGCAUCAAAGUGCUCAGACUGGUGGUAAGCUGGCUCACGAACUUACCCAAGAGCAACUCGCGGCACUCUUUGACAUGAGGGCAGCCCGUCGUGAAGAGAUGAAGACGAACGCACGUCUAGCAACGGAUUCAAGUAAGGUAGUUGACGUUAUCUGGUGGUCAGAGGCUGGUCAGGAUCCGCAAGUAAUCACGUUUGAAGCACCCCAAUGGCCCCGGUUCAUGUUCACUCAGUUUUCAUCUUUGAUCACCGAAGCCACUGUGAAGGCUAGCCUUUCUGAAGGCACCACAUGGACGCGCAGGCUUUCACUCUGGGACCCAAAUUUCUUGGCAUGGCGUUCGGUCCCCAUUGAAGUGCCGAACCUCCUGCCCACAUUCCCUCGCCAGAUCUUUGUCAAGCUUGACCACAUCGAUGCGAGCAAUUGUCCCCAGCUCGAUAGGAUGCUCUAUAGGGCAUAUGAGAGUGACGAGACCUUCACUAGCGGGCCAAACAUCCCACAUGCGUCUGGCUCACGCCUAACCACGACGCCCAUAUCAACUCCUUCUCAACAAUUGCCUCAGCGUCAACAAUCGCCUUUCCACCUUCAACAAGAAGAUGUCCCCGACGUGAUCUGGAUCCAAGACCAGUUCACAUCUGCCGGGCCAUCUAUCGCUAAGUCCAACACCAAUCAGCCACCUAAAACAUCUACCACCCUAGUGCUUGGCCAGGCCAAAAAAUUACCUUGGCCUAACGAUGAGGCGCCCUUGCAUGAUGUGGUGGAUUGGGUCGACCUCACCAAAACCUCUGGUUUGGCAAGGUUGAAGUCGUGGAAAAUAUCAUUUGGGGAAAAUUUUACAGCAAGUGAAAGCACAAUCUAUCGCUACCAUAGGUGGAUCAAGUUUAUCGAGGAUGUAGGAGAGGGAAGGAUUGCUGCAUGGGAACAUGCGCAGAAGGCCGUAGGCACGCCAGUGACUAUUGAGGCUGCUCGGAAGGAAUUUAGCCUUGAGUACCAGGCAGCUGGAGCACCUCCCAAGCGGAAGGACACGAGUUCUAUGCCAGAGGUGGAAAAUCUUCGUAAGAAGCGAAAAUUGGGUGAAUGA